UUAAUUUUGAAUCAGUCUUUCAUCAAGUUAGACGUCAACAUGGCAGACACAGCUACAGAGAUGCCGGUAGUAAAUGAAACUGUUAAUGCAACAGCAGAAAAUGUCACCGCUAAAAUUCCAGCAACUCCGGAGGGAAUGUUUGUGGCAUAUAGUAGUCUUGUUAUCAUGGCUUUAAUUCCAAUAUUUCUUGGUUCAUUCCGUUCAGUCAGAUACCAUAAGGAGCAAAAAGCCUCUGGGGAGAAGCCUGAAACAAUGUCCAGUAAAGAUGCAGCUAUGUUCCCCAUCAUUGCCAGCUGUACAUUGUUUGGCAUUUAUGUUGUGUUCCAGAUAUUCUCCAAAGAAUACAUCAACAUGUUACUAGCUGUAUACUUUUUCUUCCUAGGUGUGCUAGCUUUAGCUCACAUUGCCAGUCCUAUCCUACACCCUCUGAUUCCUCCAUUGUUCCCUAACCAGGAGUAUCACAUGAUCUUCACACAAGGUCCAGCUGAGAAGAAAGAAGAAAUAGUAAACUGGAAGUUUGAUAGGAAAGAUCUUCUGGUGAUUGCGCUUUCUGGAGUUGUAGGACUCUGGUAUCUCAUUAAGAAGCACUGGGUAGCAAACAACUUGUUUGGCCUUGCAUUUGCAGUAAAUGGUAUAGAGUUUCUGACUCUCAACAGUAUUAGUACAGGCUGUAUUCUACUUGGCGGCCUCUUUGUCUAUGAUGUAUUCUGGGUGUUUGGAACCAAUGUCAUGGUUACAGUUGCAAAGUCGUUUGAGGCUCCAAUCAAGUUGGUGUUCCCUCAAGAUCUGUUAGAGAAUGGUCUAGAUGCUAAAAAUUUUGCCAUGCUUGGUCUUGGUGAUAUAGUUAUACCUGGAAUCUUCAUAGCUCUACUUCUUAGGUUUGACAUCAGCCAGAAGAAAGGCAGUCGUGUGUAUUUCUAUGCCAGUUUUCUAGCUUAUUUCCUCGGGCUUCUCAUGACCAUUGUUGUCAUGCAUUUCUUCAAACAUGCACAGCCUGCCCUGUUAUACCUGGUUCCAGCAUGUAUAGGUGUACCUGUUUUUGUUGCUCUUGUAAGAGGUGAAAUCAAACCACUCUUCAGUUAUGAGGAUCAUCCUGAGGCAAAGACAGAGGGAGAUGGUGAGAAGAAAGACAAUGUUGCUGACAAGAAAACUAAGAAGGAGAAAUGAGCGCAGUGUUACAACUCCUGGUGCUGGUCAUAAUUAAAUAAAUGAUAAUUUUGUUAUAAUGUAAGCUAUUAAUACAACAGCUGGUAUAUACCAGGUACCUGUUGUGCUUGUGCAAGUAGUAACAAGAAGGUGGCAACAUUUUAACAGAUUUAUUUUUUAAAUAAUUGAAACAAUGUGUUCAGGACUGUGAACUAAAGAUUUGAUACACAUUUGUUGUUGCUAUAUGUUGAAUACAUGAGUUUCCUCUCUUUUCUGUGUUUUUAUCUAAUUCAUUAUGUCAUUUUAAAGAAGUGUCUUAGUAAAAAUGUAUUUUUUUUAUUUUUUAGAAAUACCAUUAAUAUUUAUUCAGUGAACAUUUUAUAGUUUCUGAAAUACAAUUUGAAGUAAUGAACUUAUUCAUUUGUAAUGUUUUCAUAGAAAAAAUACGUUUGUACAUGCAUUUGUUAAUGAUAAAAAUGCACUGUACAUGUUCAUAAAGGACCAUUAAUUGCUGAGUUAGCAUUUUCUGUUGAUGCUAGUGGUAUAGCUGUAGUAAAACAUUUUAUGUAUGUGUACUUCUUUUAAAUAUAGUAAUCACUUGGAACCUAUUUUUUGUACAUGGGCUUUUUUUAUCAUAUCAUUAUUGUUUGUUCAUUCAAAUUUAAUUUCAGAAUUGCUAUGUAUGUUGAAUUGAAAUAUUUAAAAAAAAAAACAUAGAAAUUCUGGAUUUUAAUUAGAAUCUCGACAGUUUUCUUGAUACAGGUCGAGCAAAGUUCUCAUUUUUAGCUUGAACAGAUCACAUUAUGGCAGCCUGUGUUUUUACUUGUCUUUUAUCUUAUAUUCAUGAAUGAAAGGACGAGUACUUGUUAUUAACUAUGUAUGUCUGGUAAAUGUUAAUAACUUGGGUAUUUUCUUUAUUAAUAUAUUCUUUAAACUUUAUUGUUAUAUGUUAAUGGCUGUCUUUUUCAAUUUAAACACUGUUUAUUUUAGGUAUGUGUACGAAUAGAAUAUUAGAUUUGUGUAAGUUCAUUACUGAAUUUAUUGAAAUCAUUAUAUAAUAAUAUUGUGCUUGCCAGAGGCUGGCAUAAUAUAAUUUUAUUCAACUUGUUCAAUAAAUUCAGUAUUGAACUAAGUCUCAUUCAGUAUCAUCUUAUUUAAUUGCUAUAAAGAAGAAAUUGUAGUCCAGUCUAGUAAAGUUGUUUGAUAAAGCUUCAUCCAGAAUUUUUACUCACACCAAUAGGUUAUAAAUGUUGUUGCAAAAUGUACAAAGUUUCAUCUCAGUAUUGUUUGUUUGGUUAUAAUUUUUGUAAUUCUUUUUUAUCCACGAUUCCAAUAUUUUCCGUGUUGAAUAUUGAAGACUUCUGUACCUGUUGAUAUUGGACACAAGAAAUAUACCUUACCCCUUCAACAUUUAACAGACUUAAUCAAAUUUUUACCAAUUAUCUUCUAUUUGUACUUCUGUUUAAACUAGUUUUCAUUUUCCAUGAGGGUUCUCCUUGUUUUCAAAAUAUCCAAGAGUAUUUAUUUAAAUAAGAUAUAAACACUAGUGAAUUAUUUAUUUGAAAGUUUAAAGAUUUUCGUUUAUCUAGUCCAUAUAAAUAAUUGUCAUAUCAUAUAAAUUCAGUAGGUGUUACAUUACACAUUUAGUAAGUGCUAUUCAUUUAAAAUAGUAAUUUCAAAGAAAAACAGUUGUAUUUGUAUUCAUCAUUUAUUAUGUAAAUAUAUGUAUCUUUGUAUUCAUUUCUUUUUAUUAUAGCAUUCAGAGUCGACCUUAAAACAUUGUAAAACACAAAAGAAAAGUAACAUACCACAUUCAUCAAUGUCUCAACAUUUAAAUAUUAAAUUUAUAUUUUAAAACACCCGGUUUCAUCAUAGAUGUAUUUCAUACAGUAAACACUGUAGCUAACUGUUGUAAAUUAAGGCAUGUAUGUGCAAUGAGAUUUAUUUAAAUUAUAAAAGAUAUUAAUAGUUAAAUAAAGAAGCAUGACAUCA